CGUGCCGAUGGGAAGAUCUUCCCUUCGGUAGUCGGUGUCACGUCGUUAGGUCAAUGUGGCUCGUCCGACCCCGGCGUCUACACUCGCGUGUCGGAGUACGUCGUCUGGAUACAGAGAGUUGUUUUCGAUGAAUGCGAACAAUACAUAACGAAGACUAUUUUCUCCAAUCAAGAUCCAAGACGAAUCUACAAAGGUAAACCCGCACAAAAAGGCCAGUUCCCGUUUAUGGGAGUCGUUGGCUGGGAGAUAGAUGACGAUACGGCCAAGCCGUACCAGUUCAUGUGUGGCAGCACACUCAUCAGUGAGAAGUUCGUGCUGACGGCUGGACACUGCACCCAAAUUGCUUUAUUGAUUGGUGAAAAUUCUACCAGAGUGUUAGUCAGACCGCGCGUUGUCUUGUUUGGAGUGGAAGAUCUCGAUCCCACUAAUAAUGUUGUUGAUAUAAAGGUCUUAAUAACUAACUUCUUAUGGUUCUAA